AUGCCCGACCUCAAUUCUACCGACGAUGAUCUCCUCGCCCGCCUGAAUGCGCUCAAGAAGUCCUCUGUCAGCUUGGAUACCAGCUACAACGCGUCGAUAGCGCCCGCGGAACCUCCUAAACCUACCGACGAUCUUGCAGCACGAUUUGCGCGUCUGGGCUCCGCGUCGCCGGCGGGCUCUCCACAGCCAUCACGAACAGCGUCCACGAAUGAUAUACGCGCACCAACUGUUGCACCGGGUGCAGCAAACUAUCUAGAAGGGGUGUCUCAGGGUGUGGGUGGCUUAAAUGUUGAGUUUAACGAUGAAGACGAAAAGAGCCUGGAAGAGCUGCUGGGUGAAUUGAAUGGCGCUAUUGGAGAUAGAAAGGAAUGGGAUGUGUCCAAGGAGGAGCAGCAAGAUGUUGGGAAGCUAUUGAAAGAUAUGCGCCAGAUAUUACCAGAAGUGGUGAAUAGUCGUGCACAAGGGCAAAGGAAUCAGGGUAAAACAGAGGGGCUGACCGAUUGGGAGAGCAUAGAAGUCAAUGUUGGAAGCGGAGAAGUUGGUGCAAAGGAAGACACUGACGAAGAAGUGGACGAAAAAGGCAAAAAGAAGACUGAAGAUGACGAGGCCGACGAUAUCAUCGCAAGAGUCAUGGCUGAGCUUGAAAUAAGUAAGAAAUACGAUCCUCCCUCACCAGCAUCAGAAGACGACAAGUCAGACUCUGGAGACCAGAAACUCCGCAACGAAACUACAGAUAACGACUUGAGUCUCCCUUCCGCGCCCCAAGAUCUACCAAAACCCGACACACAAGCCAUAGAAGACGACUUCACUGCCCGCCUAGCCGCCCUUGCCGCACCCUCACCCUCCUCCCAAACAGACGCUCUCGGCCUCCCCUCCGCACCAUCCUUCGCUCCCACAAAGAAACCUCCCGUCUCCACGAAUCUGCAAAAGAAAAUCGACGAAGAAAUCGACACAUGGUGUAUAAUAUGCCAGGACGACGCAACACUCAAGUGUCUGGGCUGCGACAACGAUUUAUACUGCCAGAAUUGCUGGAUGGAAGGGCAUAAGGGGGAAAGUGCGGGGUUUGAGGAGCGACGGCAUAAGGCUGUGUUGUAUUCGAGGAAGAAGAAGCAGGCUGCUGUGUAA